UAUGGAAUUCCAGGAAGUGAAGAUGUUGGGCAGCCCUUCCAAUGUUUUAUCGACGAGGUUUUUCACGGUUUGCCUUACGUUUUCGUCUACAAAGAAAUAUGUAAGCCAUCCAACUAGUGGAUAACGGGUAUUCAGUUCUUUUUGGAAAUUACACAACACCCUGUGUUGCAAGAUUUGGGCCCUUGCAACCGAGCUGCUGCAAGCUUGUGUUGUGGCCUAGGGAGGUCCAAAACAGCCGUAGAACUGUUCAUGGGUGGUCAAGGGAAAUCGAAAAUGGGCGUUGUUGGUGAACAGUGACGUGAUCCAGAGAUCAGGAGAGCAUUUCUAAGCGGGAGUUAGCGAUGACCGCUCUCUGGGAGGUGGAAAGGUAGAGGUAAAAAUGGCCAACGAAGCGUUUGCAAUUCCCAGAUGCAGCCAGCACAGAACAAGCGCUAGGCCCAGAAUGCUUGUGAUGGCCUGACAAUACAAGUGCGGGAUCUGGGGGAGAGUUGACUGGUGGAUUUGGCUCAGUUGUGGAACCUUAUAGGCCGGGCACCCCUCGUCGAACAGAACAUCCAAAGGUAUUCAGAAGGCAUGGUCGGGUGCCAGGUGUUGGACACCUUAGUGGGGAAGGAUGGCGAGCUCGAAGCGGACGUGAACGUGGACAAAUGUGAUGCUUUUGAAGAACUCUUUAUCAGGACAUCUGGGCAAAUCAAGCUUUUGCUUCGUCUGGAAGACUUCCAGAGUUUGUUGGCACUUGGGACAAAGCAUUGUGUCAGGCAGGGCAACAAUUGGGACAUAAUCCGCCAACUUCUUCCCAGAAAUGAAUUUCAUCACCUAGUUCAGAACCACCUGAAUCUUAUCCAUAAGAGUAUUGAGCGGGUCAUUUUUUUGAUCCGGACAUCACCAUACAAAGCUAGUCCAUAUGGAAUGUUUGAAGAGAUGAGACCAUGAGUUAUGGGCAUAAUAUGCCUGUUGGGAAGAUGGACUCCUAGGUGUCCGAGGAUUCCAAGCCUCUGGACGGUUGUUUUGACGAUUCUAUUUUCAUGUGGUUUGCCACUAAGAUCCCUGGUAGCUUCUAUCCCCAGAAUGUUCAGCGUUUCGCCCAACUGAAUCAUGUUCCCACCAAUGCAGAUGCUUGGAGCACUCAAAGACUUUCCUUUUCUCUCAAGAAAGAGGAAGCCAGUCUUCUUAUGCUCAGCUAAGAGCCAGUUUGAGUCUCUAACCCAAGAUUGAAACAUAUUACCGACAUUAUACCAGCCUUUGAGAGCUACCCAUGAAAGAAGAGACACCCAUUGGUGGAUAGGAGGGCCUUCAUCCAACGUGACCACGUUCAAGUUGUAUUAUGCAGAUCUCCGUGCUUU